GUUUAUCAACAAAAUGUUAGACAUAGCUUAGUAUGACUGCUACUAUUGUGCUAUGAAAAACUAAAUAGGUAACAUUUAAAUAUAAGCUGUGAUAAGUGAUCUACCUCGAUAGGUAUGUUUGGGAUCAGAUUAUACCCGUUAAAUUCUUCAUCAAGCUAUAGCAUUAAUUUAUUUACGACUAGUGGUUAGUCUGUAUCAGUUUACUUGACACACUUGCCGCAUCGGUCAUCGAUCAGUCCUUUACAUCGCAUCCACUAUGCUACGAGGCAGUUCUCGUUCUUGCGUAGUUCUUAUUUACCUUGCAACUUGCCGUGGUGACGUAACGGUAUCCACUGACCGCUUGUGACAUUUGUGUUUUGGCCAACCUGCAAAGUGACGUUUGUUCGACACCUACUUCACCUUCCUUGCGACCCGUCAACGUUUAUUUACAUUUUAAUAUUUGCAAUCAAGUGAUGACGUAACAAAACACAAUUUUUCCGCGUUUUUAAUGCAUGCUAAUACUCGGAAUGAAUCAAGUAGUUUGUAAUUGAACAUUUUUGCCUUUUAAAUUAUCCCCGAGAACGACAAAGGUGUGAACCGUGACCCGACAACUGAAGUCGACUUUCUAUCACUUCUCAUCUAGGUUAGUUUGAUUCAACUUUACUAAAAAUAAACUGAUCUAAAUACAAAAGUUCAAUUAAAAAUUGGUUUUAUCUAUAGUGUCAUAUGCUUUAUAUAUGUGUCACGCAUUCCUCAAUUGAUAACGUAAGAUUCGGUAAUGAAACACUCAAGAUAUUUUUCCCUAUAACAGACAAAUCCAAAGUUGUUCAGUACGUGAGCCAUCUGUACAAGAUGAAUUCGGAAAAUUGGAAACUGUUGAAGCAAUCACGCCUGGUACACUUAUGCUUAUCGAUAACUUUUUUCACAUCCGGUGUUAUUGUGAAUGCAGUACAAGGGAUUCUGUACCUCUGUCUAAGGCCGUUCAACAAAUGGUUGUAUAGGAAAAUAAACUGGUAUCUUUGCUGUACAAUGUACGCACGUGAGUAUUUUUAACUUUAUUUUCACAUUUUGCCAUAAAAUUAGUGUUAAAAUGUGGUGAGCGGGGCUAUACCAACAUAAGUUGUGGGGGCCUUUAUGUGUAUGCUUCCCAUGAGCAUUGAAGAGCAAAAAAACAGUCACACAUUCAUCUCAGUUUCGUCCUGUUUCGUUAUAUAAUAGCUAUACCCUUAAGUAGUGUUACACAUAGUAAUUUAAGAAACUGUGUUGUAUCAAAGGCUAAAGAAUAAUAUGGAAUUUCCAAUAUCAUUGAAACCUAGAAACUCUUGUCACAUAAUGAUAGUGUUGAGAUCUUUUCGAUUUGAGUUUAUGCCUCUAAAAAAUUGGUGUUUUUGGGUGACUGGUGGUCUGGGACAAAUGUAAUAUUUUAUAUUGACCGAAAUGAUUUUGAGAAAUAUUGGGGCAAGGAGCAUGCAUAUUGUGUUAUGAAUCAUACAUAUGAGGUAGAUUGGCUUAUAGGUUGGAUGAUAGCUGACAGAAACCAUUUAUUAGGGAAUUGUAAAGCAUAUGCUAAAAAAGUGGUACAGUACAUUCCAGUGUUGGGCUGGUCAUGGAAGUUUUCAGAGUUUGUAUUUUUAGAAAGAGAUUUCAAAAAAGAUAAAGGAGUGAUCAACGAACAGAUAAAAGAGUUGGCUGAGCAUCCUGAUCCUAUGUGGUUGCUGUUUUUCCCAGAGGGCACAAGAUUUGCACCAAAUAAACAUCAGGCUUCCCUAGAGUUCGCACAAAAGCACAAUUUGCCACAACUGAAAUAUCAUUUGUUGCCACGCACACGUGGUUUCAUUGCCAGUUUGCCGCCAAUGAAAGGAAAAGUUCCUGCACUGUACGACAUCGAGCUAGCAUUCAAAGAAGAUGCCCCAGCUAAACCCACAAUCACAAACAUGUUGUUUGGAAAACAGUGCACAGCUCACAUUUACUUCAAACGUAUCCCAUUGGAAGAGAUUCCAGAAGAGGAAGCGGCACAGGAGAAGUUCCUCAGGGAUAGGUUUGUAAUAAGGGACAAACUGAAAGAGAGCUUCUUGAAGACUGGCGACUUCUUCGCUACGUCAGGGGUACCGAGGGUAGAGCCGUUCGAGAUGCCAAGGAGGUUCUAUCCUGUCAUUAAUGUGUUAGUCUGGUUGAGUGUGACGUUGAUUCCAAUCUCGUACUAUCUAAUCAAGCUAUUCUUCAGCGGGGAAAUUCUCUAUUUCUCUAUUGGAGCUGGAAUCAUUGGAGCAUUUUUCCUUCUGCUAAACAAGACGGUAGGCAUGUCAGAGAUUAAAAAGGGUUCCUCAUAUGGUACAACUACGCCAAAGAAAACUUCUUAAACAUGGUGUCCAAUGGCCACAAGUGUUUUCCAGCUAAACAUCAAUCAGAUACAAUUGUCUGUGCCAACUUUCAAGCAUCGCCCAACUUAAUAUGUAAGAAUUUUUGUAGACCUGAUGUGAACCUUUAGAUCAGUGACCAUCUGAAAUACAUACAUAGAAUUCACCGCGAUUCAGGUAUUAUUUUAACUUGCAACAAACAUUAGGACUUGGUAUGCAGUCAUAUUCAUCACCACUCACAAAACUUGAACAAAUUUUGUUUGAGCCUUUAGAACAAAUGCAGAUUGUUCCACAUCACUUACUGGCGCAAUCUCUUAUCUGUGAAUGUUUAGUUUUUUUAAUUAAUUAUUGUAGGGUGUCUGACUCUUUUUGUUAGGUAUUAGUUCUAUUGUUAAAUAGAAAAGCGCUUCCAUAAUGAUCAUUAUAAAUUUCCUUUAGAUAAGUACUGCUCUAGUUGGAAACAAACUUUUGUUUAUAUAAUUUUGCUGUUCUAGCGGCGCACAAUUGUCGACUUCAUGUGAUAGUCAAAAGGUAGCUGAACUCAAGGUUUGAAAAUUUCAAUCACAUAGCAGUGUUUCUAAAAUGAGGCACUAUAAUCCUACUAUAUCUAAAACAGUAUUAUAAGAUCUAUGAAUUAAAAAUUUACGUGACGAGAAACUAGAAAUUACCUAGCAAGUUCCAAAAGUCCAUGACAGUCUUGUUCUAAUAUUCCUUUAUUUUUUUAAUGAUUUUUACAUCAUGGGAUGAAGAUGGACUUCUAUUAAACGUGACAUAUUUUAUAGCACAAUGCUCUGUUUACAGUUAGCUAUAAAUAUUUUUCUUUUUUUGUUGUUAUGUGCAUAUUGUUGAUGUAAAUAAACAAAUAGGAUCU